AUGAACAUUCGCUCAUGCGGCGAACCGGCCAAAGUCGCCUUCCAAGCUGAUAUCUUGAAUUGGUCAGACUUGUGCAUAGUUUCAACUGCCUUAUAUACGGUCUAUCUUGCGCAUAAUCAGUUCAUUGCGCCGCAACGUUCCUUUCCCUCUACAUCCAAGUGUAUCACCCGUUCCCACCACUCGACUAGGUCUCCACCCAAGCUGGAGUGGUUCUGGGCUAGCAAGACGGAUUCUGGCUCUGGGGAGACAGCCAGCAAAAAGAUGUCACAGCCUUCAUCUACGGAGGCCCCGGUGCUGACUCCUCAGUUCUGCUUCGAUGAGAGGCUUCUGCAAGACUUCCUUCGCCUUUCCCGCUCUACUAUUGAUGACUCAAUUACACAGAACCUAAAUGCGCUAGUAACUCCCUCCCGCGAGGGGUUCGAUCCAUCCUCAACUGCCGUUCGACAGACCGAUUCAAGGGCUCGAAAGGCGAUUGGCCCCGCUGCGUGUCAAGGCUUCAAAGAUAAUGUGCUGUUCCCAUCAUGGCAGACUCGAUCAGAUGUCCUCAAUUAUUGCGCUGGAGUUGCAACCAGUCCCGACCCCGAUGAUCCGGAUCUGAUACUGCGCGAGACCGAGUCCGCGCGAGAUCGCGAGCGAGUUGUCAAUGAACGGCUGGAUCCAUACUCGGCCCGCUUCUUCCCGCGUGAAGCCCGGACUGAAUCACUGGCAAACUUGAUUCGCAAUCAGCGUACCGUGGAGGAGAUCAUCCGGGCUCGAACAUGGGGAAUAGUGACUGAGAGGUGCGCCGGGUCUUCUCCUUCAUGGGAGGAAGCCCUGAAUACCUGGCGACAGACUCAUCAGCGAUAA